AUGAGUAGAUCAAUUCAAACGGUUCAGGAAUUAUGGCAAGAGUAUCUCUUUGGUAUUAAUGGUCGCCCAUCAAUUAAAAGUCAGUACGAAGAUAACCCUAAUGGACUGAAGAAUGCAAGCGAGACCAAAAAACGUUUUUAUAGAAGACGUAUUAGCAUUAUUCGAGCGGUUCGACGUUUAAGUGAGGCAAGAGCAAUAGAAGAUGUUGAAGCAGCGAAGGUUUGGGAUAAACAUAGACAUACUUUACCAAAUCCAUCUUUAGACGCCUUACAACAUUGGUUGAGUAAAGCAUCAGCAGAAGAACUCAUAUCUGUUUAG